AUGGCAGACGCCAACGCUCCUACCGCCAGGAGAAGUAUCGAAGCUAUUUGUACAAUUGCUGGUACAAAGGUCCCAAGUAUCCCACCCAUUCCCCCAGACUCUGUACCCAACCUUGAAUCUAUUCGCAAAGUCUACGACAUUGCAUUCGCUCCAGGGCUCGACAAGUUGCUGGAGUCGAGCUCCUCCAGAUGGUUCGCACGGGAAGGGUUUGCGUUGUUGUGUCACGAUCGAACCCAGCUUGGACGAAUGCUGGCGUAUCUUACCUUGGUUAGCAACCAUCCCGAUGCAUCGAAUGCGAGCCCCACGCUGGCAAGUCAAGAGGCACGUGUUACAUGGGCAUUGCUCGAAUUGUGUAUCCGACCAGAGCACGACGGGGGCGAAGAAGCAGAUAAAUUAGCUCGUCGCUGUCGAGCUUUGACUACCAUCUUGACCGGCGAGCCAUUUUCCAGUCCGACCACUUCGAUUGCCGAUUUUGUACAUCAAGACGAAGUGGAGCCAGAGCCCAAGACGAGUGCUCUAGAGAAGCAGCUUGCAAGAAGAUCAGAUGAAUUCUGGAAACUUGUCGAGAUGGCAGCCGCAAGUCAAGGUCCCAGUGGAGAAGGGGUUUCUCCUGCAGCGGUCAAACAGUGUCGACCUCUGCUCGAUGGCAUGGAAAAUCGAGAUAUCGUUUACAGUAUCAUGUUAUUGGGAUCAAGAACGAACGGGCAUGGAGAUCUCACUUCGGAGAGAGAACUGGCGAAAAGAUACCUGGAGUCUCAGGCAAAUGGACGUGCUACGAAUCAGGUUUUUGCUACUAUUUCAGGCAUGGCGUUGAGGGUGUUUACGACAUGA